AGGGGGAGCAGCCGGCCGAACGUCUUCCACUUCAACGCCAUGCUGAGCGCGUGCGGGCGGUGGAAGCGGCUGCCCCUUGCGCUCUCCCUCCUCCGCUGCAUGCGGGAGAUGCAGUUGAAGCCUGACGUGUUCACCUUCUCCUCCCUCGUCCAGACUUGUGCGAAGGAGAGGGAGGGGAGGAUGGCGAUAUCGCUCUUCAGAGAGAUGGAGCAGGAGGGGAUAGCGCCAAACACUGUUGUCUACAACAACGUGCUCGUGGCCUGCGCAAGAGCCGAGCUGUUCGGGCAGGCGAUCUACUUCUUUUGGAGGAUGAAGGAGGAAGGAAUCCCCCCAGACCUCGUCUCCUACUCAGCCAUCAUCUCUUCCCUGGCGUCCAGGAAAGAUCUGAGCUCAGCUCUGCUUGUACUCAAGGAGAUCAGAGGACAAGGCCUCAGGCCGGACAAGCUCAUCUACACCAACUUGCUGCAUGCGGCGCAGACGAGCCGGAGGCCUCACAAGGCGAUGGAGAUCUACGAGCUCAUGCUCGACGACGGGCUAGAGCCUGACGCGGUUGUCUUCAGUUGCCUCAUCGGGGCGUGGGGGCGUGUGGGGGACUGGAGGAGAGCGGAGGAAACG